AUGAACGUUUUAUAUUUAAUAUUCUUUUUUAUAACAGUGUCAUGUGAAUGGGUGGAUGUGUUGGAUCCUCAAGGCAAUAUGAGAUAUGAACAAUUGAUUGAUUCCUAUAAGUUCAUUAAUGACAAAACCAUUUGGAAAAGGGAUGAAAAUAGUACAUUAGAUGCUUUGGUGGUUAAUUUAUAUAAUUCUGGUCUCAUAACUGACGUUUUGUACGAGAUUUCAUCUGAUGAUACUCAAAUCAGUGCUUUAGUCAAUUUGACCACCAAUUUAUUAAAUGGAGAAACAGUUAAUUUUGAUAAUUUUGAUAUCUCCCUAAAUUUCACUGCUAUUAUGGAUGCUGUAUUGGAGAGUAAGUUGAUUCAAUCAGCUGCUACUUAUUUGUUGAUGAAUGAUACCAAUAAUAAGAUUUUGGCUGAUACUUUAGGUGGUCAAUUAGUGAGAAAUGUUUGGGUUGGGCAAAUUUUGAAUAAUUUGGGUGCUGGUCAAGACUUAACCAUCGACAUGCUUGCUAAUACCAUUAAGAACACCCCUAAUUUGAAUCCAAAAUAUAAUUCAUCAGCUUCAAAACAAAUUGUUUUGAAUUUGAGAGACGCUAUCCUUUUGGAUGAAAGAGACGAUAAUAACGGAAGUGCUUCAGAAUUCUUGAAUAAUUUGGUGAACGGAGUUUUACAGUCAUCAUUAGUUUCAACAAGUCUUAAUUCUGUGGUAAACAGUAUUUCAAGAACAGGGAUUGCAGGUCCAUUGAUAAUGGACGUUUUACAGAAUACCACUAUUACUUCUAUGAUCCCCAAAUUAGUAGUAGGGUUAUAUAAUAAUGGUGUUUUAAACUUUGAUACCAACAAAUAUUACCAAGAUGCUAAAAAAACAGGUAUCUUGAGUGAUGGUUUACAAUGGCUUUUGACCAAUCCUACUUGGGAGCCACCAUUAGCCAGAUUAUUACACAGGAUGGAGAAUAAUGGGGUUUAUAAGGACUUAGAAGACGGUUUAUUCGGUCCAAAUUGA